AAUCGCUCGAGCUUCAAAAUCGCAUCCACCGCCACGAUGGCGGGACGGUACGAACAGUCCUUGGCGCUCGAGGAAGCAGUGCACUUGGUCGUGCUCCAGCACGGAUUGCACGGCAGCCCGAAAGACUAUGCGUCGCUGCAGCCAAUAUUGGCGUCCGUUCUCCAAGAUGAAGGUGUCCAUGUCGUGGCGAGUCAAAGCAAUUGCAAGGACUUCAGCACAACGCAUGACGGCAUUGACCUUGGUGGCGUUCGUCUCGCCGACGAAGUCGAGAUGCUUGUAGCGCAGUGUCCCAAGUUGCAAAAGAUCUCAUUCAUCGGGCACUCCCUCGGCGGACUCUACGUCCGAUACUGCAUUGGUGUCUUGUACGCCCGCGGCUUCUUCGUCAACAUCGAACCCAUGAACUUCAUUUCGUUGGCAACACCCCAUCUCGGGAUCGGACAACCGACUAGCCGUGGCACAUUCAACACGAUCGUCAACACGAUAUCGUCCAAGCUUUUUGACAGAACUGGCGCCCAACUGGCAUUACGUGACGCGGUCUCGGAAGAGACGCUCGCUCUCUCGUCCAUCCACACGCUUGCGAUCGAAUCCCGUCCUUGUUUGCCAGAGCUAUCGAUGCAUGUGCAUGUUCAACUGCCCUCGCCCAACUUUGGGUUUGCCACGUUGUUUGGGACGUUGGUGGGCAAUGCGACCACGUGGAACGUGUACAUGUCGCACCUGGACGUGGCCCAUCCCCCGCUGUACUCGUUCGAGUUGGGCGAAUUCGACGCGAUCUUGUUUGUUCCCGAGCCAAUUGCUUCGAAAUCCAUGGGGUCGCCACCAGACAACGAAGACAGCAUUCGCGCAUCGUACUACGUCGAUAAAGCCAAUUCGCCGUCACGAGAUACGGUGCUCCAACUGCGCGGCCGCCACGACGGCGACGUUGUGGCUGUCGACAUCUCCAUCGAAUCCACGACAGACUGGGCAUUUGUCCACGGGAUCGUCCUGCGCCUUGGCACGCUUUCGUGCGUGACGUACGACGGAGACAAGCUCGCGCUUCGACAGCACCAGCACGACCUUGCGGCGGCUGCCGAGCCGGACACACUCUUUCCCGUUUCGACGACGACGUGGUGCCCGCGACCGAUCGCCAACCAGCACUUGCUUCAGUGCUUGUGCCACGGCGCGUUUCUCGUGGGACUGCACCGGUUUCGACGGCGGGCACUGUACUCGAAUGUGUUUUACGAUGUCCAGGCUCCGUACGCGUGCUCGGCGCUGCGCGCGUUCAACCCGUACCGCGCCCACGUCUUGCCGACCACGAUGUCGCCAGUGUACCCCCACAUUACGCUGCAUUCGAUGGAGAAUGCCGCUGUCUUGCGUGCGAGCAUCGUGGAUCGUGCGGUGGCGGCUGCAUCCACCGAGUCGGACAGUGCUAGAGUCGACCAAAAGCCCAAGAGUUGGCUACACGGCCUUGCUGCCAUACCCGCCUACAUGUUCCCUGUCAAGAAAACCACAGACGCCAACGCAUUGCCUCCGCACGACCGCAUAUGCCACGUCGUGUCGAAAGCGUCGGAUAAAGUCUUGGUCGACCCCCCCGUCGACACGUACGCGACCGAUCCAUCGCGGGAUGUAUUGCGAGGCAUGCUUGUGUGCGUGCAGUCCCUCGAAUGGGAGCGCAUCGACGUGUUGAUGGAGAGCAUGAUGGCGCACGAGCUGAUCAUUGCAAAGCGAAGCAACGAAGUGCUUGCCCACGAGUCUGGCCUCGAUAUAGUCCACCACGUUGCCGACACCUUUGUCGUCGAGUAAACCUAGCCAACACGGUUUGUCGCC